AUGUCCGGCUCCGCAGAGCCAUGUGCGUAUUGUGCCAAGUACGCGGCCGGCCACUGCAUCGGAUUGGGCGCCUUCCCAGAUCUGGAGACGCAACAGCAGCAGCGCAGGCUCGAGCUCGAGGCGCAGCACAGGAGCGCAGGUACGCUGCCGCCGCCGCCGCCAACGACGAGUGGCAGCAACGGCCUCCUGCAGGCAUUCGACGAGGGCGACGUGCCGUACUAUUACCACAAGGACACGUCGCACACCCUCGCGUGCAAGUACGAGCUACUCGACACCAGCGUCGCCAAUCCGGAGUGGGCGCGCGAUCCGCCAGCCGACGUGGCUGUCACCGAGGCGCGAGGGCAAAUGGCCACCGGAGCGCUCCGACUUCGCUUCGACGGCUCCUUCCGAGCCGGUGGCGCCGGAGGCGCGGCAGCUGUGCUUUCCAAGGAUGGAGUCGUUUGGUGGGAGGGAGCCCGUUUCGUGCCCUCGUGCGUCACAUCGUCCCACGCUGAGUUUGAGGGCCUCAUUCUCGGCCUGGAGGCAGCACGCGCGCUGUCGCCAGACGCGCUGCGCGUCGAGGGCGACUGCCGGGUCGUGAUCGACCAGAUGUCGGGCAAGGCACGCGCACGCAAGCUGAGCGAGCCGGCAGGGCGCGCGCGUGAGGCCCUCGCGCGGCUGCCGCUCGGAAGCGCCCCGUCUUUCGGUGCCAUAGCGUACCUGCUCGCCGCGGACGCGCUGCGCGCGCUGGGCGGCUCGCGCGGCGGUUCGAACCCUCGCAGCCGCUUGCUGCGCGACGUCGCCCGGCGGCGGCGGAAGCUCCGCCGGUCGGAAGAGGCGACCGCGCGUCGCGGUGCGCGCGCGGGCCUCGCGCUGGGGCGCCGAGGCGCAGCCGCUCCCUGCGCGACGGCGAUGGGGGAGGAGGUGGAGGGGUCGGCGGCCGAGGCUGCGAGCGCGUGGCGCGGGCCCUUCGCCGAUCUCGACGUCUCGACCGUGCCCGGAGAGUGUUUCGACGAGCUGCGAGUGGCGCACACGGAGCUCGUCAGCAACCACGACCUUACCGACAAGUGCCAGCGGGAUUGGCGGAAGUGGGUCGAGUGCCGGGAGGUGGUGAGCCCGGGCAAUGCGACCAACGAGGCGAAGGCGGAGCCGAGGUUCCGCUUCUUCCCGCACGAGCUGACGCCGGCUGCGGAGCUGCUUCCCCUCGCCCAGUUCUCGUCCACCAACGAGUACCUGCACCUGGCGCAGCGACGGUACACCUCUGGCGUGCACCACUCUAACUGGCUCGCCCUUGCCGAAGAGCUUACCGAAGAGGCGCUUCGCAGCGGCGGCCGCAAGGCGCCCUCCAAACGCAAGAAGGUCGGAGGGCGCAAGAACCACAAAUGCUGGCGAGAGGCGAUCCGCUUCGUCGCCGUCAGCCAACCAGGGGCCGGCGCCUUCCUCAACGCCAUCCCCAUGCGUGAUGAUAUGAAGAUGGAGUCCUGGGCGAUGCGCGUCACCGUUCAGCGCCGCCUCGGGCUCCCCCUCGAUGUCGCCUGCCAGGCGGCGGAGGAAGGCAAGAGGGCACCCAACGGCCAGCUGCACGACAUCCUCGGCGACGCCGCGAUGGGCCAGGGGGCACAGAGGCGCCUUGUUGCCGAUUUGAAGCUCACGAGCUCGCUUGCGAGCAAGGGCAAGGACGCGGCCGGCGACGGAGAGCUCGGCUGGAAGGGGGCGUAUGUUCGCUUCGGCAACACGGAGCCCGGGCUGCUCAAUCUGACGGUGAACGAGCUAGCGUGCGGGGAGAGCGGCAUUGUGCAUGGCUUCAACGUCGGCCUGCGUUCGCCUCACGCGGUGACGCCUCACGCGGUGAGCCCGCAGCGGGCUUCUGCGUGGGCGCGAGGCGACGCAGACGAGGUGCGCGAGGCCUCCGCACGCGAGGCGGCCGAGCGCUUGCGUGCGAGUGGAGCGGGUGGCAGUGAUGGAGGUGAUGGUGGCGGAUGGGCCGACUGGCCGCAGAGCGAGCUCGACGGCGCGCCUGUCUGGGAUCCGAGCGCCGACGACGGCGAGGCCGCCUUUGGCGACGGCGCCCUUGGCGGGUGGGAUGGCGCUGCGCUCGGCAGUGCCGGCGCUGGCGCCUCGGGCAGCGGUGCCGCGUGGAUGUCGCCGGCGGCGUCGGCCGAGCCGGAGAGGGCACGUCGGCCCAUCGAGACGGUCAAGGUUGGCCGCGUGAGCGGCCCAUACGUGCGGCGCAACGGCUACCACGUCGAGGUUCGGGUGCAGCACCCGGCGGGCGACGACCGAGCGGUGGCCGAGGAGACGGCGCACACGCUAUGGAUCUCGCACCAAGUGCUGGACGAGACGGCGCUGCUCCGCGGGGCGGAGGAGCAGGAUCUGUCCGUCGAGGCCGUCGCAGAGGAGGCAGACGCCUUGCUCCCGCGCCGCCGCCGCACACGGCGCGAGAGAGACGUCUGCCCGAUCCCUGCGCCACCGCCCUCCCCGCAGGUGCUCUCCUUCCUCGCCUCGCGCGGCAUCGACCUGUCCGACGGCGACUGGGCCCUCGACGACCCCGACGUGCCCUUCUCGACCCAGCACGCCUCGCUCCGCACGCUCACCGACUACUACCCCGAUCUCAAGGAGCACCUCGCAGAGAAGCUCCUCGGGCCGCAGACAGGCGCCACGCGCACGCCGCCCUUCAAAAAUAUGGCGAUGGGCUCACACCCGCUCUCCGGCUGGUGA